AUUAAAGACCAGUACACACUACAGGAUUUUUUUUUCAAUCUUCUCCGGUUUAGAGACCCACACACUAGCAGACAACAGAAGACAGAUCGCACCAAAUUUUCCUCUCCUGAUCUUUUACACUGUGGUGUCCCUCCGGAGCAGACCACACAGAAGAUCUCCAAAUCUCGCGUAGUCAAACGUGACUUUCGACCACGGACAUCCGGGCCACUAAGCACAUCCGGGUUUGCGCGGGCCUUAUAAACCCAUGCAAAGGGACAAACAAUCACGCACACUGCUGCCAGCGAAGCGAGCCAUUUUUCGUGUGGAGUUUGUUCUUGCUCAAUAUUUGUUGUAGACUGAGGGAUCUAGAUAUAUAAAAGAUGGUGAAGAAUUGUUGUGUGUUCAACUGCACCAACAGUGUAGCUCGACAUCCUCACUUGUCCUUUUACACGAUACCAAGCGAGGCUACUGAACCAGAGAGGAGGAGAAAAUGGCUGUUGGCUAUAAACAGAGCCACCGACCCCACCACCAGCAAAACACCGGGGAAACUGUGGCUACCGAAGUCGAACUACACCUAUGUUUGUUCUGCACACUUUAUAACGGGAGAAAAGGUCAACCACAAAGACCACCCAGAUUACGUCCCUUCCAUAUUCCCACACAAACCAGGCUCAAGACAGUCAAGCCAGGCAGCUCUCUCACGAUUCAACAGAGCCCAGAAGAGAAGGGCAACAUCCAGUUUGAUGACAGGUACUCGGGGACGCAAAUGUUUGAAGCUCAUCGACAAUAUUCCAGACACACAACCACCAGCAGAGAGUCGGUCCUCACCGUGUGUUGUGACUGCAGACAUCUCAUCACCAGUGACUGCUGAACAGCCACCAUGUUUGAGACCCCCACCCACUCCGUCAACCCCAGCGUCUUCGCACCCUGCAUCUCCAAAGCAGGCUCGAGGUCUCGCUACACCACUACAGACGAGUGAACGGGAGCAGCUGUAUGAAGAGCUCAACAAUCUGCGAGCUGAACGGGACAACGCGCGCAAGAUUGGAGAUGUUGGAAAAGACACUCGAUGCAUCAAACUUAACGGCAAGUGCCGUUCAAGGCAACGACGACAAGUUCCAGAUGUUGACUGGCAUAACGUGGGAAAUAUUUGAAAAAGUGUUUGGAUUGCUUAGUCCGUUCCUGUGCAGCGAACCGAAGAACAAAUCCAGUCUGCCUCUCGUUGACCAACUUUUCAUAACUUUGGUGAUGCUGAGACAUAACAUGUCCUUCGAACUGUUGGCACAACUGAAGGACAUUCCCACCACAACGGCCAUCGACUACUUCUGGAAGUGGGUCGACCUCAUCUACUCAAAGCUAGGGUUCAUGAUCAAAUGGCAGGACAGAGACACCAUCUUUCAGACAAUACCGCCUGUCUUCAAGGCCGAAUUUCCACACCUCACAUCUAUUAUUGAUUGCAUUGAGAUCUUUAUUGAUGCGCCGAAAGACCCCAAAGCCAGGGCCCAGACGUGGUCCAACCACAAGAAACACUGCACUGUGAAGGUGUUUGUGUCCUGCUCUCCAGUAGGUUCCAUCAACUUCCUGUCCUGUCUGUGGGGCGGUGGAGCGACGGACGUACACGUCGUACGAGAGUCGGGCUUCAUAAGCUCAUCCCUUCACAUGCCGGAUGACCAGAUCCUGGCUGAUCGCCGUUUCCUGUUCCAUGAAGAUUUAGCCGUCCAGUGUGGAGCAGAGCUGCUGACACCGGCCUCCACCAAAGGGAAGAAGCAACUGUCUGCACGAGAGCUGGAAACAUCAAGGAAGAUUUCUUCUGUUCGAGUACACAUCGAGCGGGUGAUCGGCCUACUCAAGAACAGAUAAACCGUUCUACAGGGUCCAGUUCCAGCCCGCAUGGUGCAGAGAGCUGCAUGUGAAAUGCAAGAAGCAACUUCAAGCAUCGAUAAACUUGUUCGUGUAUGUGCCGUCUUGAUAAACCUUGGUGAAAGCAUUGUUUUCAGUGAAUGAAUGUGCUUGUGUCUCAUGUGACAGUUACAUUGUUUUGUGUAUUGCUAAUAUUUCACGUCAGGAUGUCAUUAUACCCGGUGUCAAUGUGCAAUCAGUCAUCUAUUUUCUUAUUGAUGAGAAAUUGUAACAUGGAUCGUGUCAAUUUCAUUUUCAGUGCCAUAGGUGUUCAUUCUGUUCUCUUUUUUUUUUUUAAGCUGCAGGGCAGCAUGGAGCAAGGUGUUCAGUUCUUUUUUAGCAAAGUAACUUGGAUUUUUUUUUCUCAGAUUUACAAUUCAA